AUGGAUUUGACCAAGGAAGAGACCAAAGACUUCGCGACUUUUCACCGUCUUUGCAUGGAAAAUGGACUUUUAGAACGACCUAGGGACCUACGCACGGCAGAUGUCCAGGAUGGAGUCAAUGACGAGGUCACGCUCCUACGAUUUUUCAAAGCAGGCUGCCAAAAUUCCCAUAGAGCCCUCCAGCAGCUCCAAGAGGCAACCAAGUUUCGCGAGGAACAGCACAUCCUUCCUCUGUAUACUACCAUUCAUGUAGACGACUUCGAAGAUACGCGGAAGCUUGUUAUAUCCCCAUUGACCGGCCGUCGAGACAAAUGUGGAUUGCCGAUUCUCGUGUGGACGAUGUUGUUUCACGAUACAUUGGCCCGUUCUGUUCUGCCUCGUCGCUCGGCUAUGAGUGGCCGGCCGAGUCCGUUGACGCCCGUGAGCAACGCGAUUUAUCUCGUCGACGCAUCUGUGCAAGUCCGCUGGAUAUUGAUGACAUGUUACCCAGAGAUUAUUGAGCGGAUCUUUGAAAGUCAACCAGCACGAAAAUGGGUGGAUCCCGGUACUGCGGCUAAGGUGGUAGUAUUGAAGAAAUCGGCGGUCUACACGACUUUGGAAAAGUCUAUCGACAAAGAGAAUAUUCCGACGAAAUUCGGAGGGGGCUUUGCAGCUCCUAAUAGAAUGUCUCCAGACCUGGACCAUGGCAUUCAUCAACGCCUGCACUAA